AUGGCUUUCUUCGCUCCCUUGAUCAUCUCUAUCAUACUUCUUGCAGCAAUAUCAUCCUACACCAUUCGGCUGAACCAAAACAUCAAACUCGCGAAGCAAAUUGGGCUCCCCUACAUCAUCUUACCCUGGCACACUGACACAGUCACUUGGUUCAUCCUUGCUCCAUGGACUAUCCCAAUCUUGAAUCACUGUCUGCCAUCAUUCCUCACUCGAAAAUGGCUUAAGUUCAUGGACCCCUUCUGGACAUGGCACCUUCGUUAUAGUCCCUUUCAGGAGAGAGCCAACUAUUCCUUCCUCUCGGUUUCGGCUUGGGGUCUGGCCUUGAAUACGUGCUCUCCGGAGAUUAUUGCUCAGUUUGGGUAUAAUCGUAGGGAUUUCAGCAAGCCUAUUGAAAUGUAUUCGAUUGUGGAAACGUUUGGACCUAACUUGAUCUCGACUGAUGGCCCUCACUGGAAGCAUCAGCGCCGAAUCAUUCAACCUUCUUUCAACGAAGCAAACAAUAUACUGGCGUGGGGUGAAACCGUUUUUCAGACUACUGCACUAGUCAAGAAGUGGGUUCGUGAAAUGGAUACAUUGGGCAAAGACGAGUACUUGAACUUUCAUGAUGAUUUGAGACAGUUGGCAUUGCACGUUGUUGCCCGGGGAACUUUUGGGGAGAGAAUCUUCUGGGCCAAUGACAAUUUGAAUGCCAAACACGGUAAUACUGAGAACCAAAGCAAACAUAGCAUGAGCCUUGGACAAGCAACAUUGGCGAUUGUCAGUGAUUUGAAGUGGCUGUUCAUCCUGCCACCAUGGAUCUUAAAAUGGGCACCUUCGAAACACCUUAAUAAGAUCUGGAUGGGGUAUCACGAAAUCGAUCGACAUAUGCAAGAACGUAUCAGAAAUCGCCAGAUCUCUAGAAACGAAGGCAAGGAGGAACGGCAUGGACACGAUAUACUUGGUUCUCUCAUCUCCACAAUCCAGAAGUCGUCCUCGCACAACGAUCUUCGACUAGGGUUAACACAUCAGGAAAUCGUUUCAAAUGUGUUCGUUUCGCUCAUGGCUGGCCACGAAACCACGGGUGCCACAUUAUUCUAUACGUUGAUCAAUCUCGCCAUGUACCCAGCUUGGCAAGUGGAGGUUCAACGCGAGCUUGAUGCCAUUUUCGGGGACAGUGGUACCGAAACUUGGUCACAUGGCGAGUAUAUGAAGAAGUUGCAGUACAGCAAAAUCGAUGCUACGAUUCUAGAGACACUUCGACUAUUUCCUCCAAAUGGUCUGAUCCCAAAACACUCUGCACUUGACCAUCCUUCCAUUCUAAGAUACAAGGAGAAGGAUAUCACAAUUCCACCAAAUACGAGACUCUUGGUCAUGAUCGUCAGCGCGCAUCGAAAUCCCCAUUAUUGGCCACCGCCCAACGGCAGCUUUGCUGUUGAUCAAGAAGCAAAUCGGCAAGAUACGAAUGAAUACCGACCCGAGCGAUGGUUCGUGAGGAAAAGCAUAGCAGAGGCAUAUGGAGGGAAGAUCGUUGAUUCCGACUCGGUUAAUUCUGAUGGUCAGCACGGAUUCUUCGUUCCCUGCAAAGGCGCCUUCAUCCCAUGGUCCAUUGGCGCAAGACAAUGCAUCGGUCGGAACUUUGCCCACGUGGAGCUGUUGGUAGCAAUUGCGAUCAUCUUGAGAGAGUGGAGCGUUGAAUUGGUGCUCGAUCAAGUUGACAGAUGCGAUGAAGAAACUGGGAAAGGACGGUGGGAAUCUGCGAGAAUGAGAGCGGAGGAGCGUUUGAGGGAUGGGAUGUAUAACUAUAUCACUAUGCAGUUGGGAAAUGGUUUGAUUCCACUUAGGCUGGUGAAGAGAGGAGAUGAAGGGGUAGUUGUGUGAGAGUUUUGG